GAUAUUCUUCUCAUACAUCUCCCCCCACGCCGAUGGCUAAAGUUCCAAGAAAUUUUCGCCUCCUUGAAGAACUUGAGAAAGGCGAGAAAGGCAUCGGCGAUGGGUCAUGCUCAUACGGUCUUGAGGAUGGCGACGAUAUCAUGAUGAGCAACUGGAACGGGACUAUCAUUGGCCCUGGACAUACCGUACACGAGAACCGCAUCUACAACCUCAAGAUUACCUGCGGAAACUCUUAUCCCGAUGUGCAUCCCGACGUGCAAUUUCUGUCUCGGGUCAAUCUUCCUUUCGUAAAUCAGGUCAACGGCAAAGUCGACCCGUCUAAAUUGCCUGUGCUGUUGAACUGGAACCGUAACCUGAGCAUUGAAAACGUCCUUGUAGAGAUUCGGAAGGAAAUGGCUUCGUUCAACAACAGAAAGCUUCCGCAGCCACCCGAAGGCUCGACUUUCUAAAUCAGAAUCAUUGCCGGAGACCCAUUGUAUCUCUGUGAUAAGCGAUCCCGUAUAGGAAUAUCGAAACUCUAACGUCGACACUGUUUUUUAUAGUAAUUGCAAUAACACUUGUACCCUCGCCUACAAAUAAACAACCUUUGGAAUACAUGACAAUGAGCAGCAGAGAAAAAAGAUUCUUUCGCAAGUCUGCCGUACAUGUUUUCUGAAAUCAUGAACCUACAACCAGUCUAUGCCUUUUCCUCCGUCUUCACGCGACCGACCACGACGGCCGGAACAUCCUUGUGGGUGUACACUCGCAGCCCGAUGUACACCGUAUUCUCAUCCGCUUGUGGAACAGUGAACUUGGGUUUUUCAGGUGUCUCAGUUGUUGUUGACGCUGCAGAACUAUCCGCUUCAUCUGCAUCUGCAUCUGCAUCUUCAUCUGCAGUUGCAGUUGCCA